GUCUUCCUCCUGCGGUACUUUGGCCCGCGCUGUUUUCCGCGUGUCCAUGUUCGAAUUACUUCUGACACCAGUUGAAGUACCGGUGAAGACGCUUGACGCCGAGGUUGAGGCACACGUAUAUUUAUUUCACAAUACGACAGUGGGCAUAUACACACUCGAGGGGGUAUCGGCCCCCUCACCCGUAUAACUCGGGAUACACCCCUAGCUAACUCUGUCCUAGCCCCGAAUUCUCCACUAAUGGGCUAGGGGAGGCUAACUGGCCCGACACUGGUAAGUCGGGCCCGGUACCCGGAGUUCCAGACCAGCUCUUACAAGAGCACCGGCUCUGGCUUUCGGGACCACGCCGCUGGCUCAGUCCUGUCCGGCUCUGAAAAGGACAUCGAACUAGGGGAGUCCAGGGCUCUAUCUAAGACGUCUUCAGUCUUCUUCCCUUAGCUUAAACAUAACUGACUCGAGCCCUUUGAACAUCCCCUUUUAUACCCAACCCCUCCCUGAGGGGUGGGGCCCCGGGGGAUCAUAACGUUCGAACCAGCCCCCCCCAGGGUGUCUGGCUCGGACGUCUUAGAGGGCACCUCCUCGUGCACUUACGUAGCCCCGCCCACUGUGUUUGUUUUCCAUAGGCUGCCAUGCAUAACGGGCCCUCUCUUUAACACCCCUACACUCUGAUAAGGAGUUUGAUACCCUGCUGUUGAACCUGGAGCAUGCCACAAAGAGAUGGGGACUUACCAUCAGCCCCAUAAAAACUAAGCACCUGCGGCAUGAUUGAUGGGGCAGUUGUAGAGAAAGUGGAUACAUUUCCAUUGCUGGGCAGUGUGGUUAUGACCAGCUCCAGUUUGGCAGCAGAGGUAUCCAAAUCAGCUGCGUUAGUUUCCUGACCUAUUGCUCCAUACAAAUCUUUGGGUGAGAAUAGGGUUUCCCCUUUUUUUCUGGCAACAAAACAGGUGUUUAGAUGUUAAAACACCAAACUGAAACUUUUUACAAGGAAUCAUGUCUGCAUUAACCACAAUACUUGUGGUCAGAAUGCAACCAAAAAACACAUUCUGAUAAUAUAUGCAUUGUCUUUGAAACUGAUUGGUCCACACUAGAGACAGCUUUUUUUUUAGCCUAGUCUCAACGGUGUUAGACCAGAGGACGCCAAAAGGCGUACAGCACAAAGACACGCACUAUCAGAGUAAUGAGAGCUCGGGGUGAGCAACUACAUCAUGGGACCUCCUUUGCCAGUACCAAAAUAUGAGAAUCGGUUUUCCCCUUUUUUAUCGCAACAAAACAGGUGUUUAGAUGUUAAAAGACCAAACUGAAACCUUUUACAAGGAAUCAUGUCUGCAUUAACCACAAAAGACCCAAAUAUGUGGGUCUUUUCUGCCACAGUUAUACCCUCUUGUGUAAGCUUGCAAAAUAUGGAACCCUUUAAAGGAACAUCUGUGUAAUUUUUAAACAUUCAGGCUGGCCUGCCUAUGAUCCAUCAAUCUAACCAAUUUGGAUUGUUUGAGGAGCUCACAGAUACUUGAAAGAUGGGGAUACAGUGCCAUCAGUGAGCUCCGGCAGGCAAAGCUGCGUUGGCUGGGUCAUGUAGCCCGCAUGCCCAAGCAACUUCUGUGUGGCCGGAUAGAGGGGGCUACAGAAAAGAUGGGCUGAUGCAGUAUAGGAGGAUGUGGAGCUGCGUGGACUUGCGGAUGACUGGUAUAGGUGGUGUCAAGAUCGGCCUCUGGAGGAGGCUCAUGAAGGAUACUACUGGGCAGUUGGAGGCAGUCACCCUCCAGCAACAACAGAGGGCAGAGGAACAACACUCAUAACAAUGAGCAAAGCACCGGGCAGAUAGAACGCAGAAAACUGGCACUGGGGAACUCAGGUCACGUGACCGUGAUGUCUCCCCCCACGAGUGAGCGGGACCUGGGGGCAGUAGCGGGCUCGGCUGGGGUUGCGGCACGGAGAGGGGGACCCGGGGGUGGCACAGCCCCUUCCCUGCUCUCUCUGCUGUCCCCUCAGGACCGCGAGCUGGACCUGGUGGUGCUAGACCACAGCUACGCGAGGCCCUGGAGCGCGCACCCGGACGCGGGGCACACACGCCCCCCUCGCCUCCUCUUCAUGCGUAAACGCAGACUGCAGCAGCAACAGCAGGCGCUUGUGGUGGAUGAGCUGGUGAACGUGGAGAGCGUGGAGCCGCCCCCGCUCGCCCCCGCAGCGCUGGGCGAUUCUGCCAAGGCUCGCUCGGUGAUGAACGAGUGCCAGCGUCAUGUGACAUUUGCUCGCUCGCACUCCGAGGCUGCUCCCCCACCUCCCGAUGAGUGGGAGGACAGCGUCAGCAGGCUGGGGUGGAGCAUCAGCCAGAACAAGUUGUUCACGAAGGUGGUGAAAGCCCUGCAGGCCGAUCGGCUCACUCGUCUCGCCUACCAAGGGGUGAGUGGCGAGGCGGUGCUGCGCCGUGCUGCCGUGGACCGUUGUGCAAGCCGCGUACGCGCUGCGCUUGCGAGCUGUGGCUGGGAGCCACGGCUGACCCAGUGGCUCCAUGCAACGCUCAUUGACUCUCUGAGCGUCGCAGCACUCUCCUCCUACCUCGACGUGCUGCAGACGCUACGCUCCAAGGUCCCGUCGCUGGUGGACCGCAUGAUCGCCCCGUCCACUACCAAGUCGGAGGCCACGAGUGCCGAGGCGCUGUCCCUCCUCCUCAAGCGCCCGUGGGACCCCGCAGUGGGACUCUUGUCUCAAUACAAACCGGUGAAGCUGCUGGGUGCCCCCCUCCUCCUCAUCGCCCCCAGUGGCCCUACCGCCUCCACGGCUGCUGCUGCCGCAUCUCGGCGCCUGCGCUUCUGGAAUUCACAGCUCUCGUGCCUGGGCAAGGUGGUGCCAGUCACUAUGCACACCACGAGUGGUGGCGCUGGCUUCAGUGUGGGACAGUGUCUGGAGCACAUGGUGGGCGCUGUCAGGACCAAAGUUCUGGAGCUUCAGCACCACUUCCCAAACCGACCGGUAGUUCUAAUUGGCUGGAACGUGGGAGCAUUGGUGGCGUGUCACGUGUCUCUAAUGGAGAGCGUCUCAGCUGUUGUCUGCCUCGGCUUCCCACUCUUCACCACAGAGGGCGAGAGAGGGGAUGUGGACGACCCUCUGCUGGAGCUGCGAGUCCCAACGUUGUUUGUGAUUGGGCAGCGCUCGACCCUCAGCUCGCCCGCCGCCAUGGACGAGUUCCGCGAGCGACUCCGCGCUCACAGCGGCCUCGUCAUCGUCGGGGGCGCCGACUCGAGUCUCCGGAUGAACAAGACUAAGCGACGGUUGGAGGGUCUCACACAAAGCAUGGUGGAUCGCUGCAUUCAGGAUGAAAUCUCAGACUUCCUCUCCUGGGUGCUGGGUCGCGCUGCCUCCGCCCAUGUGGGCCCCGACCCCCCAGGGGGCGAUGGGGGCGCGGGGGGCGGUGGGGGCGAUGCGGGUGGUCGGAGGAAGGGAGGGGGCGGCGGCGGAGGGGGCGGCGGCGGGGGGGGCAGCGGCGGGGGGUGUGGCGGGGGGGGCGGGAGAGACGCCCGGAGAGACCUCGCGGCGGAGAUGCAGGAGAGGGCCCCCCAAUCGGCCUUCUCUAUCUACCGGACUGCACAGGGAGCAACGGGGCUGAGCUCAGCGCCAGUGGGGGGUGGCGUCGGGGGCACCCGAGUGAGGCUGUGCGGUGGCACGGCGGGGCUGGUUUCGCCGGCGCUGUCGUCCGCGCUGGGCCUCUCCUCCGCCGAGGUGAAGGCAUCGCUGCUGGCGUCGGGCUCCGGGGCCCACUACGCCAGCCUCGUGCGCAACAGCCUGCAGCGCGCCGGGGGCAACGCUCUCUCCCGUGAGUGGGAGGCAGCCGGCGAGCGAGCGCGAGGGGCUCAAUUUGCUGCCUUCCUCAAACAAACUCUGGACAAAAAACCUCCAUCUAGCCCCGCCUACGUGUUCGUUCCCGUGAGCUCUGAAACCGGUGUUCACGACGGUGACGACAAAAACUCUCGCAAGCGGCGCCAUGGAGCAGGACCCUCCCGUGUAGGAGGGCCCGGGGCUGUGGGGAGCACAGGGGGUGGGAGAGGGGCAGGAGGCAGUGGAGGAGGGGGUGGGCUGAGUAAGCGCACACGACCCAGCGGGGUGGACAUGUCGGCGCUAGCCGUGGUGGACCCGGGGCAUGCCGGGGGCACGGCGAGUCCGAUCGGCGGGCAAGCAGCCACCAGCGCACUGGAGGGGCCCCCCAGAAGGUCACCCCCUGUGUCAGGAGUGAAGGAGCUCUCUGAUUUGGUAAUGAUGGGAGGCAGCAACAGCAGCACAGGCUCGACACGCACACAUGGACCCUCACCAGGAGUGGCAGGCAGUCUGCUGCAAGGUUUGAGCUUUAGUCUGCAUGAAAUUGGGGGGGGGCCCGGAGCUUCUGCCCCUCACACACGCACACAAAUGUCCGCCAUUCCCCCCACACAGAGUGUGCUGGUACCCCUCGGACCACACAAGCCACCACCCCCCUCCUCCUCUUCCAUCAAGCAGCUACUUUCUGUGGGGAAACUAUCAACUGGACUGCCCCCUAAGCCCGGUGCAGUGAGACCGGAGGAGAUGGAGCGAGAGAGCACCAGGGUGCAGGCGAUCCAACGUAUGCAGUUCCAUGACUUCCCUCUCACGACGGCCGGGCUCACAGUGCUGGGCACGCCGACCGUCACGCACGCACGCAUCCUGCAGCAGCUCGAGCUCGCCGCUGCCAGCACCGCCACCACCCCCGCCAUCACCGCCAUCACCGCCAUCACCGCCACCACUGCCACCACCGCCGGUAUCACCAGCAACUCGACGAUAGUAGCAUCAGCACCGAUGCCGCAAAGGGGCUCUCCGACAGACGAGGGGGAGGCAGCUGCGUCGGGUGGAGGCCCGACAUCAGGCAGCCCUGGAACUGUGUACGUGGUCUCCAAUGCCAAGCUGAGUGCACUCACUCCUCGACACACCCCAACGCACAUCCCAACACCCACCACAACACCCUCCACCAUAAUACUCACAGCGCACACCCCAACCCCCACCACAACACUGACAGCGCACACUCCAACCCCUGCCGCAACACUCGCAGCACAUGCCCCAACACACACCCCAAAAUAUACACACAAACCAGCCCCCGCCACAACGCUCACAGUGCACCCCCCCACUCCCGCCACAACAGUCACAUCGUACACCUCAAACCCCACCUCAUUACACACACCCACACACUCAAAGGAGAGACAUCCCCCAUUGCCAGCCAUCAUCUCCACAAGUCAAAGAGCAUCAGCAGCAGCCCAAUCUUCAGCAGCAGCAAGUGGUGCACAUGGGGGUGACGAGGUUGGCAUAACGAGGCACUUCAUCCCGUCCCCUGUGCAUGCGUCUCACAAGAUCUCCGAAGCUACAGAAGCCACCACCAACACCACCACCAAUCCUACCACCACUACCAAUCCUACCAACACAACCAUCACCAACAACACAAUCACCACCAACAACACAAUCACCAACACAACAACCACCACUUCCACUACCUCCACCAUCAUAGGCCACAACACCACUACCUCCCACAACACUCUUGCUCUGACCAUCACCACCACCACCACCCACAAUGCUGCCACCAACACUACUGUCACGCUCCCUCGUGCGCCAGUCGCCUCGGCUCACACGUCCAUCGCUCUGUCCAGGCCGCGUCGCUCCUGCACAGCCCCCCAUGGCACCAAACAACCCUACUGACUCACCACGGUGGGGGGUCCCUGGGCAAGGAGUCAAAUGCGGCUCCCUCGCCAGUUUGUCCCCCUCUUGGUAACCUUCAGCCUGGGUGGCCUCCUCUGGCCUGUGGGCCCCGGGGCAGUUUCACCAUCUGCGCGAUUGAUAGCCACACCACUCAAUAAGGAGUGGUGAUGGAUGAGCGAGUGGUGACGGAUGAGUGGUUGGGGAGUAGCUAGGCACAGUAAUCAUGAUGUUCAUUUGUCCAGGAGAGCCUCACCGAUUCUUCAAGACUCCCUUUCAGGAGGAUCCUGUUCCACUGGAAUAUUUGGCCAUUAACUUGUUUUAGUGAAAAUUUGGCUUUGUGCGUGAUAAAACCGGAGAAAACUUGGUACACUCUGCACAGAUGCAUUCAAGAAUACGUUUCUGUGCUGUGAUCCUGCCACCUCACAGCGGUUGAGUGGUUGGGCAGUGGUUGAAGUAGUUGAUUGGUUAUUUUCAUGUUGAGCAGUAGCCGAGUUAAAUAUUUGAGUCGUGCUUGAGUAGGGGUUAAGGUUGUGGUUUGGUAGAGGUAAUGCAUUGUGUUUGAGGUUGUGUGUUGCUGCCUCCCACCAACUCAUUACAGUGAUGAUGUAAAUGUUUGUCUGAAGCGUCGCGAGUUGAGAUUCUGGAUUGCGUUCAGGUUUCUGUUAUUGACUCAGAUUCUCAAUAAACAUGGAGAUGCGAGA